ACUCGAUUUUUAUACUCUUUUUAUCAGAGUUCUUACAUUUUAAUUAUGCAUGUAUAUAUAUAGAAAGUUUAAACAAAUUUGGAACAAAAUUUCUUACCUACCCUGCCUUUAAGCACCAUUAAUGAAUCAAAAUAUAACAAGCCCACCAAAUUGCCACUCACCCAAGACAUUGAAAAACUCAAUGACUAUCUACAAAGAAAUGCAGAAUCUGCGUUCCAGGAACUUAGUCAGAAGACCUCAGAGGGCAACUAUGCAUGUCUCACCAAGCUAACAUUGACAAGGAUCAUCCUUUUCAACAGACGACGCGUUGGAGAGGUCUCCAAGAUGCCUCUAAAAAAUUUCCUCCAAAGAGAUGACUCGUACACAUGUGAAGAGCUCGGACUUUCAGCCUAUGAGAAGCGUUUGUGCAAAUAUUUCACAAGAGUUGAGCUGAAAGGAAAGAGGGGACGGAAAGUUGCGGUUUUGCUCACCCCAGACAUCACAAAAGCUCUGGAACUGCUUGUUGAGAAGCGGGCACAAUGUGGAGUUCUUCAAGAAAAUGAAUACCUCUUUGCCAUACCAAAGUGCUCUAGCUACUAUAGAGGUCACGACUGUCUUAAAAGGUUUGCUGCUGAGUGUGGUGCAACUCACCCAGAGUACCUGAGAUCAACACAGCUGAGGAAACAAGUGGCAACAACCUCCCAAAUUCUGAAUCUUAAAAAUAAUGAAAUGGACCAACUGGCAGACUUUUUAGGCCACAAUAUUAAUGUUCAUAGAGAAUAUUACAGAUUACCUGAGGCAACCAUCCAGGUGGCCAAAAUUUUGAAACUGCUUCGAGCCCUUGAAAAGGGAAAGCUAACAGAAUUAAGAGGAAAAUCUCUUGAUGAAAUCCGAGAUUUUACAGAUGAGGAUGAUGACCAGGACAUUGACAGCGAUGAAGACACCAAUGGAGCCAGACCCCUGGAGCUCAACUCAGUCGAUAAUGGUAUUUGUUGUUUAAUCAUCGUUCACUUUUACACAAAUAUUAAUUUCAGUUCAUUUUAGCAUUCUGUAUGUGUGAUGGAUGUUUAUGCAGUAAGAAAGGGGUUUUCAAAGUGUGAAGGGGAGAGCGCAAGGGUAUGUGAGGGGAGGCAAAGAUUAUGGUUGGACGAUAUAUAUCAUGGUUAAAAUAUAAAGCAGCUGUGUUUAAUUGGGGUUGGAGCUGAACUUUGCAGAGCACUGAACAUCGGGAGCAGGAUUGGACACCCUAGUAUAAAGAUGCUGUGUGUUGUUCUACUCUGUUAACACAACUCGCUGCGCAGUCUCUGCUCCGUAUCUCCAUCCGGAAGGCACAGAGAACACAAUGAAAAUCGCAAUGCCGGGUUUGCCUAUGCUUCCAUCACGGUUGCCGAAUAAUAUCCAGGUUAAAAAGUCAUUUUGAAUUUGAUGUAAGUAGGUUAAAACAAUGGCCGGUAACAUGCACUCAUUAAUAAAUGAAGUGCAUUUACAAUGUUCACUUGAAACUUAACACAGUAAAACCAGGAAACAUCAGUGUGUUAAAAGAAGUCCAUAAGACUGAAGUUUAGCGAGUUGAUCUUGGUAGCCCUUUAAAACUUCAGUUUGGUAGGCAAACGCCGUUUGCAAGUUGGAAACCUCCGCUGGACUCAGUUGAGGCGAAGUAUUCUGUAAGGACGAGGCUGAGGCGGCGUUAGAAUCCAUUUGCGGAGUUUAUUAAAGGGCAGGAACGUAAAGCCAGGCAAUGGGUCACAACAGGAAAGCCGUCCAGUCGAGCAACCAAAACACAAGGGUAAUCCAAAGGGAAGUGGAGUGGAAACAGGAAAACGGUCCAAACACAAAAAUCAGAAUCUCUUCUCUUGUCUCUGAAUAUGUCUGGAAUUUAAAAUCAUCCCGAGGACUCCCGUUUUAAGAGGGGUUUAGUUAUCUAUGUGAUAACGGCGCAUUGAAAAUAUAUAUAACCGGAAACAGCUGAGCCGUAAUAUUUCAAACCGGAUGUGCGUCACGAGGCUCAGUGCAAGUAGUCCAUUCAAAAAACACAUUUCUCAAUGCAAGAUUGCAAAGAAUUUAUGUCGUUCACCAUCUACCAUUCAUAAUAUUGUAAAAAGAUUCAGGGAAUCGAGAGAAAUCUCAGUCUGUAUAGGGCAAGGCCGGAGACCUCAGUUGAAUGUGCAUGACCUUUGAGCCCUCAGAUGGCAUUUCAUUAGAAACCACCAUGCUGCCGUUUUAAAUAAGCCACAUGGACUCAGGAGUACUUUGGAAAACAGUUGUCACUUAACAGUCUGACGCUGCUUCAAGAAAUGCAACUCGAAUCUCUGUUACACAAGGAGAAAGCUAUACAUCGAUUCUAUGCAGAGAUGCUGCUGAUUCUCUGGGCCCGAGCUCAUCUCAGAUGGUCUAAAAGACAGUGGAAAUGUGUGCUGUGGCCAGAUGAGUCACUGUUUCUGCUUGUGUUUGGAAAAAAACAGACACUGAGUUCUCAGUCCCAAAGACGAAAGGGACCAUCCAGACUUUCAUAAGUGAAUCAAAAUUUGUUUAUAUUUACAAAAUACAAUAAAGUUGUUCAGUGAAAACAUUGGAAAUCUUUUCUUUUGACUUCUAUGAGAUAAGUAGCAGUUCAAGAGAAUUAACAAACCACAGAUUCUUGAUUUUGUUGCAUUUUACAAAAUGUCCCAACUUUUCUGGAAAUGGGGUUUGUAUAUGGUUGAAAGCACUGUAAAAAAAAAAAAAAUCAUGUUUUUACAAAAUAAAACGGGCAGUUGUGGUUACCAGAAUAAUUCGGGGGGAAAAAAUACAGUAAUACAGUACAUUAACAGAACAAUACUGACAACCACUAUGAUAACACAGAUGAUAAGAAAGCCACAUGAAGAAUCAAAGCUCAUCGCAAGUAACUUUUCCACAGGUAAAUACUAAUGUACAGUAUAGAAGGUGCACACAGUGUCAUGCACACAAAUACAAACAUCACCAUCAUGGUUACACACAUGACACUAAAAUAAUGCAAUAGACAUU